AUGAACAAAGCUACCCAACCAGAGCAUUUCGAAGAUGGUAGGAUUGGAAGUCCUGAGAAACCAGCAAACAUAUCGCUAGAAGAGACCCGCAGCGAUGCCGAGCUCUAUGAGAAGCGCAAUAAAAAGCUAAAUCGUCGUCUGGAUAUUCGCAUUCUACCUCUAUGCUGUUGGGUUUAUCUGCUCAAUUUUCUGGAUAGAGGAAACAUCGGCAAUUCCAGGGUGCUCAAUGCAGAGACUGGAGACGACUUGCUGCAGCAGACAAACAUGACGGCGGACGGGUACGCCAUUACCGUCACAUUGUUUUCGGUAGCAUACGCCUUGUUCGAAGUUCCAUCAAACUGGGUAAUGAAGCAUUACGUUCGUCCAUCUCUCUGGCUGGCAUUCCUUCUCUUCUCCUGGGGCGCCCUUACGAUAGGUUUUGCUGGAGUUAAGAAUUAUGCAACCGUCGUUACCUUGAGGUUUUUGAUUGGUGCCUUUGAAGCAGGCUUCUUUCCAGGCAUUGUCUACUUCAUCACAAUCUGGUACAGGCACGACGAAAGAGCUGUUCGCAUUGCCUGUGUGGUCGCAUUUUGCAAUCUUGCUGGUGCUUUUGGAGGUGCAAUAGCAUAUGGUGUGGGUCACAUCAAUGGACGAGGCGGCCUCCAGGGCUUCAGAUGGCUUUUCAUAAUCGAAGGAAUUAUAACGCUGCUCAGUGCAAUUCCCUUGUGGCUGUGUCUUCCGGACUAUCCUGCACGAGCAAAGUUCUUGAACGAGGACGAUAAGCGUUUUGCAGAGGACCGAUUGAAGGAUCGCGGUGGAGGCUAUAACAGGGAGCACGCUUCUCGCAAGGAGACUUUGGCAACCAUUUGCAGUCCUCGUAUGUUAGCACACUAUAUCGCCUACAUUGCCGAUGUGGUCCCUCAGGGAUCGUUCACAUUUUUCACACCGACCAUCGUGAAAGGUCUUGGCUAUACCUCAAUUCACGCUCAGCUACUCACUGUGCCUCCCUGGUGUAUCGGCUUUGUGGUUGCAAUUACCCUCAGCUAUUCAGCAGACCGCUUCAAUGCUCGAGGAGCGCAUAUAACCAUUGCAUCGAUCAUUGGUGGGGUUGGUUGGCUCACCGCGGGACUUCUACCUCACGAUGCAUAUGUCAAGCGUUAUGGGUGCCUUUGUCUUGCCGCAUGCGGCGCUUUCCCAGUCGCCCCUUCAAUGACCAACUGGGUUACAUGCAAUACACCCAGCCUUCUCACUAUACCAUUUGCGAUAGCACUUCAUAACUCGAGUGCAGGUGUCGGUCAAAUCAUAGCGCAAUGGAUUUGGCGAGCAGAUGAAGCAACCAAAGGUUAUCCAACAGGAAACUUUGUCUGUGCUGCCUGCAGCUUUUUUGUUGCAGCUGUCAUCUUCAGCUUGAGACUUUUAUACGGAAGAAUGAACGCCAAUGGGACUGUGGAUGCUAGUGGGGCCAAGAGAGUGUGGGCUUAUUAA